GAAUGCCUGGAGUGUGUUUUUGUGUGUAGUGUUUGUGUGUGUUUCUUCCUUAGGUUAGAAAAGUGCAUGAAGAAAGUUUCACUGAGUUGCCAAGAAAAUUUUGUAGUUAUUUCUUUCUCACACCAAGAAUUAAGAUCCCAGAUCUUACUGUUCUCGAGAUAGAAGGUGUUUACCCUAACAUUUGCCAUUUCUGUAUCUUACCCAACAGCAACAGACUUAGACUGCAUGAUCAUCAUCAUUACUGUACUGACUCGCAGACACUCGAAUGUUCAGUGAAGGACAUCUAGUGCUGGUUUAUCAUAUUGAAUUUUGUGUCAAAUUGUUAUGAACACCCUCUCACUGUCAGCGGGGAUGAGAUUGAAGCCUCGCUGGCAGUGAAAUGGUCUCUCACCAAUCAACGAGCACAGUGUGAGCAUGCCCAUCUCCUGUUCUUAUCUAUCAGACACAAUGAAAUCUUCCCAGUCCUCCCCUCCCCUCCAUCCCCCUCCUCCUUAUCUACCUGCCACAUGCCCUGAGGUGCAGCGUUGGCUCUCCUGUCCUAUAGUGUGUACUGGACCUUGAGGUUUGCACUGUGUGGAAAAUAUCCUAUAUCCUGUACUGCCUUAUCAACAUCCUGACUGGGCCAAAAUGAGCUCAGUCUCUGUCUGUAAGUCUUGAUUAAAAAACUCUUUUUGACCAGCACCUCAGACAGGAUCACACCUGAGUAAGAUGGCUCUCCCUGCUCCUGACUAGAUGUGGGUGGUUUGUGGUGUGUUCAGGUGUUGAUGUACGUAUCAGAAAGACUCAUUUGUGGGUCAAAGUGAUGCUUCACAUUACCAUUGACUUUACACACCCUCAAGGCCUUUGCGUCAGAGGAAACACCAUAUAGUAAGCUGUGCACCCGUGGACCACGUCUAAACAGAACACUUUGUUGGUUUCGACCCAGCCAACUGCUCCUUAGUUAACUGCUCAAGCAUUUUAUUUAAACAGUGUCUAAAAAGCAGUCCUGCCCAUCAGCUGUCACUUUCUCGCCAUUUUGCUGUGCUGUUUCUCGUCUUCUUUUUUCUCCUUUCUUUCCCCCCAGUGACUGAAAUGAACAAGGCCCUCCUCUCUGCUAUGCCUACUCUGUCUGAGUUGCACCUCUCCAGCUGGGGGAGCUGGAGAAGCAGCUCCUGCAGGCCAAUCCAAUCUUGGAGGCCUUUGGAAAUGCCAAAACCGUCAAAAAUGACAACUCCUCCCGAUUUGGUAAAUUCAUCCGUAUCAACUUUGAUGUGACCGGCUACAUUGUUGGAGCUAAUAUUGAGACUUACCUGCUGGAGAAGUCUCGUUGUAUCAGACAAGCAAAGACAGAAAGAGCUUUUCAUAUUUUCUACUACAUGAUCGCUGGUGCUAAGGACAAACUGCGUGAGGAGCUUCUCCUGGAACCCUUCAGUAAUUACCGCUUCUUGAGCUCAGGCCAUGUUCAGAUCCCUGGCCAGCAAGACGAUGAGAUGUAUGAAGAGACCAUGGAGGCCAUGAACAUCAUGGGCCUCACUGAAGAGGAGAGAAUCGAUAUCCUGAAGGUGUGUUCCACAGUCAUGCAGUUGGGAAACAUUGAGUUCAAGAAAGAGAGGAACCAGGAGCAGGCCACCAUGCCAGACAACACUGCGGCCCAGAAGGUGUGUCACCUGCAGGGGAUCAAUGUGACAGACUUUACCCGUGCCAUGCUCACCCCUCGAAUCAAAGUGGGCAGAGAGUUGGUGCAGAAGGCACAGACCAAAGAGCAGGCUGACUUUGCUACUGAAGCCCUGGCUAAAGCUGUGUUUGAGCGACUGUUCCGUUGGAUCCUGGCCCGGGUCAACAAAGCCCUGGACAAGACCAAACGCCAGGGAGCCUCCUUCCUGGGAAUACUCGACAUUGCCGGCUUUGAGAUCUUUGAGAACAACUCCUUUGAGCAGCUGUGCAUCAACUACACCAACGAGAAACUGCAGCAGCUCUUCAACCACACCAUGUUCAUCCUGGAGCAGGAGGAGUACCAGAGGGAGGGCAUCGAGUGGAACUUCAUUGACUUUGGUCUUGACCUGCAGCCCUGCAUUGAGCUCAUUGAGAGACCAAACAACCCCCCAGGCAUCCUGGCCCUGCUGGAUGAAGAGUGCUGGUUCCCCAAAGCCACAGAUGUCUCUUUUGUAGAGAAACUCCUGAACACACAAGGGAACCACAUAAAAUUCGCCAAACCCAAACAGCUCAAAGACAAGACAGAGUUUUCUAUAUUACAUUAUGCUGGGAAGGUGGACUACAAUGCCACAGACUGGUUGACGAAGAACAUGGACCCCCUGAAUGACAAUGUCACAGCACUGCUCAGCAACUCCUCCAGCCAGUUUGUGCAAGACCUCUGGAAAGACACUGACAGAGUGGUGGGCCUUGACACAAUUGCCAAGAUGUCAGACACCUCCAUGCCGAGCGCUUCAAAGACUAAGAAGGGGAUGUUCCGCACAGUGGGGCAGCUCUACAAGGAAUCUCUGGCCAAACUUAUGACCACAUUGCACAACACCCAGCCCAACUUUGUCAGAUGCAUCAUCCCCAACCACGAGAAGAGGGCAGGAAAGCUGGAUGCUCACCUGGUCCUUGAGCAGCUCAGGUGUAAUGGUGUCUUGGAGGGCAUCAGAAUCUGCCGACAAGGAUUUCCCAACAGAAUCGUCUUCCAGGAGUUCCGUCAGCGUUAUGAGAUCCUGGCAGCUAGCGCUAUACCCAAAGGUUUCAUGGAUGGCAAACAAGCCUGCUGCCUCAUGAUCAAGCAUUUGGACUUGGACCCCAACCUAUACAGGAUCGGACAGAGUAAGAUCUUCUUCCGCACAGGGGUGUUGGCCCAGCUGGAGGAGGAGAGAGAUCUGAAGAUCACUGUGGUCAUCAUCGCUUUCCAGGCCCAGGCUAGAGGCUUCCUAGCCAGAAAGGCAUUUGCCAAGAGACAACAGCAGCUCACAGCCAUGAAAGUAAUCCAGAGGAACUGUGCUGCCUACCUCAAACUAAGGAACUGGCAGUGGUGGAGGCUCUUCACAAAGGUCAAGCCUCUGCUGCAAGUGACCCGACAGGAGGAGGAGAUGAGUCUGAAGGAGGAAGAACUGCAGAAAGCCAAAGAAACUGCUGUGAAGUACGAAUCAGAGCUGAAGGAGAUCACCUUAAAACACACAUCGGUUUUGGAGGAGAGGAAUGCACUCCAAGAGCAGCUUCAAGCAGAGACAGAGUUGUAUGCCGAGGCCGAGGAGAUGAGGCUUAGAUUGGCGGCUAAGAAGCAAGAGUUGGAGGAGAUCCUCCAUGAGAUGGAGGCAAGAUUGGAUGAAGAGGAAGAACGUGCCCAGGCGCUGUUAGUGGAUAAGAAGAAGAUGCAACAGCAGAUGCAGGAAUUGGAGGAACACUUGGAGGAGGAGGAAGAUGCCCGUCAAAAGCUGCAGCUGGAGAAGGUUACCUGUGAGGGGAAGAUCAAAAAGCUGGAGGACGACAUACUAGUAAUGGAGGACCAGAAUAACAAGCUGCUGAAGGAGAGGAAACUGUUGGAGGAUAGAAUUUCAGACUUCACUACAAACCUGGCUGAAGAAGAGGAGAAGUCAAAGAAUCUCACCAAGCUCAAAAACAAACACGAGUCCAUGAUCUCUGAACUAGAGGUCCGCUUGAAAAAGGAAGAGAAGGGUCGACAAGAGCUGGAUAAGGCUAAGCGCAAGUUGGAAGCAGAGUCAAAUGACCUACAAGAGCAGAUAGCUGACCUGCAGGCCCAGAUCGCUGACCUCAAAGCUCAGCUUGCAAAGAAGGAGGAGGAGUUACAGAACGCCUUGGCCAGGCUAGAAGAUGAGACAGCACAGAAGAACAACGCUUUGAAGAAAAUCAGGGAGCUGGAGGGACACAUCUCUGACCUGCAAGAGGACCUCGAUUCUGAAAGGGCAGCUAGGAACAAGGCAGAGAAAAUCAAACGGGACCUCGGGGAGGAGCUGGAGGCCCUCAAGUCUGAGCUAGAGGACACCUUGGACACCACUGCCACACAGCAGGAACUAAGGGCCAAACGUGAGCAGGAGGUGACCCUGCUGAAGAGAGCCAUCGAGGAGGAGAACCGGACACAUGAGGCCCAGGUCCAAGAGAUGAGACAAAAACACACUCAGGCUGUGGAGGAGCUCACAGAGCAGCUGGAGCAGUCCAAACGAGUGAAGUCAAACCUGGAGAAGGCUAAACAAGCUCUGGAGAAGGAGACAUCAGAACUAACCAUGGAGGUGCGCUCACUCACCCAGGCCAAACAAGAGGGGGAGCACAAGAGGAAGAAGUUGGAAGGUCAAGUGGCAGAUCUACAGUCGCGCUUCACUGACAGUGAGAAACAGAAGGCCGAGCUGGGAGAGCGCUGCUCUAAGAUCACUAUUGAAUUGGAGAGUGUGACAAACCUACUGAAUGAAGCUGAGGGCAAGAAUAUCAAACUGAGCAAAGAUGUUAGCAGCCUUACCUCCCAACUCCAAGACUCACAGGAACUGCUGGCUGAAGAGACACGUCAGAAACUGCAGUUCUCUACAAAACUGCGGCAAGCAGAAGAUGACAAGAACAGCUUGCAGGAGCAGCUUGAGGAAGAAACGGAGGCCAAGAGGAAUGUGGAGAGACAUGUGUCCACCCUCAACAUCCAGUUGUCAGAUGCAAAGAAGAAGCUAGAGGAAAUGGUGGGAAACAUCGAGUUGCUGGAAGAAGGUAAGAAACGUCUGCAGAGAGACUUGGAGGCAGCAAACACUCAGUUUGAGGAGAAGGCCUCUGCAUAUGACAAGUUAGAGAAGACCAAAAACCGUCUGCAGCAGGAGCUUGAGGACACACUGAUGGACCUGGACAACCAGAGACAGAAUGUGUCAAACCUGGAGAAGAAGCAGAAGAAGUUUGACCAGAUGCUGGCCGAGGAGAAGAGUAUCUCCAGUAAAUAUGCAGACGAGCGAGACCGGGCUGAAGCUGAGGCCAGAGAGAAGGAGACCAAGGCCCUGUCUCUGGCGAGAGCUCUGGAAGAGGCCCAGGACUCCAAAGAAGAGUUGGAAAGAGCCAACAAGGCCCUGAGGAUGGAGAUGGAGGACCUGAUCAGCUCCAAGGAUGAUGUGGGGAAAAAUGUCCAUGAGCUGGAGAAGUCUAAGCGAGGCCUUGAAGCCCAGGUGGAAGAGAUGAAAACACAGCUGGAGGAGCUUGAGGAUGAGCUGCAGGCAGCUGAAGAUGCCAAGCUGCGUCUGGAGGUCAACAUGCAGGCACUGAAGGCUCAAUUCGAGAGGGACCUCCAGGGACGAGAUGAGAUGGGCGAAGAGAAGAAGAGACAACUUGUCAAGCAGGUUCGUGAGCUGGAGACUGAGUUGGAGGAUGAACGCAAACAGAGAGCCCUGGCAACAGCAGCCAAGAAGAAGCUGGAGACAGACAUGAAAGAUCUGGAGGGACAGAUUGAGACGGCCAGUAAGGGGCGUGAUGAGGCUAUCAAACAGCUCCGCAAGCUCCAGGCCCAGAUGAAGGACUUCCAGAGGGAGCUAGAAGAUGCCCGUGCUGCUAGAGAGGAGGUGUUGACUACCGCAAAGGAAAGUGAGAAGAAGGCCAAGAGUCUAGAGGCUGAGCUCAUGCAACUACAAGAGGACCUGGCUGCAGCUGAGAGGGCACGCAAGCAGGCAGAGGCAGAGAGAGAUGAGCUGUCUGAUGAGCUGGCCAGCAACACCUCUGGAAAGUCAGCCUUGGCAGAUGAGAAACGUCGUCUGGAAGCUAAGAUAUCUCAGCUAGAGGAGGAGCUAGAAGAGGAGCAGAGCAACAUGGAGAUCCUCAAUGACAGGCUGAGGAAGAGCACGCAGCAGGUGGAUCAGCUGAACAACGAGCUGCAGACAGAGCGCAGCACCUCCCAGAAGAACGAGAGUGCCCGGCAGCAGAUGGAGCGCCAGAACAAGGAGCUCAAGGCCAAGCUCCAGGAGAUGGAGAACCAGGUCAAGUCCAAGUUCAAGUCCUCCAUCUCCGCCUUGGAGGCUAAAGUGGCACAACUGGAGGAGCAGCUGGAGCAGGAGAACAGGGAGAAGCAGGCAUCUGCCAAGAGCAUGCGCCAGAAAGACAAGAAGCUCAAGGACCUGAUGAUGCAGGUGGAAGACGAAAGGAAACAGGCAGAGCAGUACAAAGACCAGGCAGACAAGGCUAAUACCCGCAUGAAGCAGCUGAAGCGGCAGCUAGAGGAGUCGGAGGAGGAUUCUCAGCGUGCUACAGCCGCUCGCAGGAAGCUGCAGCGGGAGCUGGAUGAAGCCAGCGAGGCCAACGACGCCAUGAGCCGUGAGGUCAACUCUCUCAAGAGCAAACUCAGACGUGGAAAUGAGCCUUCCUUUGGCAGCACACCUCGGCGUAUGGGUGGAGGCCGGCGGGUAGUCGAGGAUGCCUCAGAGGAGGAGGUUGACUCCCAAAGUGACUUCAAUGGAACCAAGUCCACGGAGUGAGGGACGUGAGAUAACAAGAUAUAAGAAUUACCUAGAAGUGCAAGGUCUGCCACGUCAACAGAGAAUAGCUUCCAAACCUGUUAUGCUAUUUAGUUCUUCCAUAUCACUUCAAAAUACAUAGUGUCUCCAAUUUCCAAUAAUGUAGUGAGCUAUCUUCUUGUCUCUGAGCACCUUUUCUUAACACGACACAAACAGGACUUGAUAUCAACUAGGGGAGUUGUUUGGUGGCUAUGCAGAUGUGUGAUUU